AUGUCGAAUUUAUCCAAACUUGAGUUUGUGGCAUUAGAUAUUUCUGAAAAGAAUUGUCUUUCAUGGGUACUCGAUGUUGAGAUUCACUUAGAUGCUAAAGGUCUUCAUGCCACCAUUAUUCAGGGAAAUGAACCAUCGAGACAAGAUAAGGCAAAGGCUAUGAUUUUCCUUUGUUAUCAUCUUGAUGAGGGCAUGAAUAUUGAACAUCUGACGGAAAAAGAUCCACUUGAAUUGUGGAAUGAUUUGAAGGGGAGAUAUGACCACCUAAAGGCAACAGUGUUACCAAGAGCUCGUUAUGAGUGGAUGCAUUUACGAUUUCAAGAUUUUAAGACCAAUCAUGAAGCUCGUCCCACUGGAACUGCUCCACUACCGAAAGCAAAUAUGGUGGAAGCACGUGAUCAAUCUGAAGUAAAAAGAGAUGAUCAUCGAGGCUAUAAUAAUACAUGGGGCGUGACAAAGAAAACAGAUGAUGAUAAGCCGGGAACAUCUCAAAAAUAUGAUAAGAAUAUUGAAGCAAAUUUGGCUUUAAAGGAUGAUGUUUUUGAUGGCCUUGGUGACAUUACUCAUAUGGAAGUUGAUGACUUCUUUGGAGAUCGAAACUGA